ACCACUCACACCUAUCUCCAAAUUCAUCAACACUUAUUUCUUCAUGGAUCUCCAACUCCCGUCCUUCCCGAUCCUUUCGAGCAUCAUUUUACUUAUCCUAGUGGUGCUGAAGUCAGUUUUGAGGCCUUCAAAACUGCCUCCGGGGCCGUGGAAGCUACCUUUGAUCGGAAACUUGCACCAAUUAGCACAAGAUCUACCACAUCGAGCGCUACAAAAGUUAGCCAAAAAGCAUGGACCCUUGAUGCACCUCCAUUUUGGGGAAGUACCAACACUUGUUGUUACUUCACCAGAGUAUGCAAAAGAGGUAAUGAAGACUCAUGACAUUACUUUCGCUUCGAGGCCUCUUUUAAAUGCUAUGAAAGUCAUGACUUAUGAUCACACUGACAUUGCCUUUGCACCAUAUGGCGAGUAUUGGAGGCAACUAAGGAAAAUUUGCACAAUAGAGCUUUUGAGCGUGAAACGUGUCCAAUCGUUCAGGCCGAUAAGAGAGCAAGAGACGUCGAAUGUAAUCGAAUGGAUUGGUUCGAAUGCCGGAUCAUCGAUCAACCUGACGGAAAGACUGUACACAACAAUAUACGCCUUAGUUUCAAAGGUGGCGUUUGGGAGGACGUGUGGACGUGGUGAGCAUGAAGAAUUCAUCGAAUAUUCGAAGGCAUCCCAAAACAGAGCAUCGGGAUUCAAUAUCGUGGAUGUGUUUCCUUCCUUGAAAUUGGUUCACUGGAUUAUGGGCGAGGGCAAGAAAACGGAAAGGUUACAUAAACAAGGUGACAUGCUACUUGGAAACAUCAUCAACCAACACGUUAAGAAACCAGUAACCGGAAAAGGGGACGAUGAACACGAAGAUCUGGUUGAUGUACUCUUGAAAUUUCAUGAGGAGGGUGACUUUCCAUUGACUAUUAACAAUAUCAAAUCAGUGAUUCAGGACAUUUUUGUUGCUGGGGGUGAAACAUCAGCGACCACUAUCGAUUGGGCUAUGAGAGAAAUGAUGAAAAAUCCAAGAGUAAUGAAAAAGGCACAAGCUGAGGUGAGACAAGUUUUCGAUAGCAGAGGAAGAGUCGACGAAACAGGCGUUCCAGAGCUGAAAUAUUUGAAGUUAGUUCUUAAAGAAACUCUAAGACUACACCCUCCGUUGCCUUUCCUACUUCCAAGAAUAAAUUGGGAGCGAUGUGAGAUCAAUGGAUACGAGAUAGCGGCCAACACCAAAGUUAUUGUGAACGUGUGGGCUAUUGGAAGAGAUCCCAACUAUUGGACCGAAGCAGAAAGAUUUUAUCCGGAGAGAUUCCUCGAGAAAUCAGCUGACUACAAGGGGACUAGUUUUGAGUAUACUCCAUUUGGUGCCGGAAGAAGGUUGUGUCCUGGCAUGUCGUUUGGUCUCGCAAAUGUUGAGUUUCCGCUGUCACAACUGUUGUAUCAUUUUGACUGGAAUCUCACUGGUGGAAUGAAGCCUGAAGAUCUCAACAUGAUUGAAAGCUUCGAUGUAACAAUGAGAGCAAAAGAUGACCUGCACUUAGUUCCAACUCCUUAUCGCUCGCUCUCCGGUUGAUAACAAGCACAAGGUUCCAUACUGGAUUGUCUCCACAUAUCUCUUCUGUGUUCUUGUUAGUUUCUCUGUAAUAUUAAUGUUCUUGUGUGUGUUCUUUUCUGCGCGGCGGCGCGUGCGUUUGUGUAAUAUUAUAGUAUUUGGAGUCAAUGUUGAUUAAAGUCUUUGACUGGUUUAAUAAGAUAGAAGAGCAUGUGGAUGAGGGUAAAAUCUAUGUACAAUCUGUUUAUCUUCUGUUCA